UCUUCUCUUCUCUUGGCUUAUAUAUCAUUAUUGUCAGUGUUUCUCUGCUCAAAGUUGGAUUUUUGACAGCAUGAUGUGCCUUAUCCCUGCCUUCUUGGCAAACGGCCUGUUGGGGCUACUCCAGCCUCUCAACUUACUUUGCGGACUCGUUGCGUACUUUUCCUGGACUGUAUUUUAUGCUUUCUAUCUCUCACCUCUGCGCAACGUCCCUGGUCCGUUCUGGUCGCGCAUAUCCGAUCUUCCACUGCUCUACCACCAGAUGCGUCGUAGCCAACCUACCUUGAUGAAAAAGCACAACAAACUAUAUGGCGGCAUCUUCAUCAUGAGCCCACGCAGAGUGGCCAUCUGUGACCCCAAGGACAGCCAAGUAAUUUUGGGGACACAUGCAUUUCUCAAGGACAAGCGGUAUAGCAACGUUGAACUCAUGGAACCAAACAUGUUUUUGACCGUCGACCCUGAGCUGAACAAGCAGCGCCGGAGACAGAUUGGCCCAUCCAUGAGCUUGGCCAGCUUGAAGCACAUGGAGCCAGCCAUUUUGGAAGCUGGGCCUAAGCAGCUGCACGCCAAAUGGGAUCGGGACAUUGAGCAAUCCAAGGACGGACAAACUGCCAGAAUAUGUUACCACAGCGAUUUUGUUCUGAUGACUUUUGAUGUCAUUAGCUCAUUGGGAUUUGGACACGCACACAGAUCGUUGACGUCGGGCGACACUCGGGUUGCAAAGUGGGUCAAAAGCACAUUUGUACUUAUAUUCCUGCAAGCCAUUAUGCCUGUAAUCAAGUCAAUGUUUUUUCGUCGCUUUGUUGCCAAGUCGCUCUACAGCGAGUUUGACGCCUUCUUUGCCUUGAGUACCCAGGCCGUCGAUAACCGCAAGAAGCUUCUAGCCAAUCUAGCGUCCAACGAGGACAAGCCCAAGGAUAUGCUGCAGUCGUACAUUGACGCUGAGGAUCCAGAGUCGCGCAUUCGAAUGACGUCGGGUCAGGUGAUUACAGAGACAAUCAUUAGCUUGUUGGCUGGUUCUGAUACCAGUUCAAACACGCUUGCAUGGACCAUUCACCUGCUUCUCCUGCACCCGCACUACCUUGCCCGAGUUGUCAAGGAAGUGCGCGAGGCAUUUGACCGCGACCACUUAAUUAUCUAUAGCGAGUCCAAAGCCAGCCUUCCGUUCCUCGAAGCCUGCAUUUACGAGUCCUUGCGUCUGAUUCCAGUUACCACUACUUUGCCGCGGUUUUUGCCGCGUGGUGGCGCGACUCUUCAUGGCCACUCUAUCCCCGAAGGAUACAAUUGCUCCAUUAGUAUUUCCGCCGUCAACACUAAUCCCGAGGUGUGGGAGCGUCCCGACGAAUUUUAUCCUGAACGGUUCCUUGACAACGAAGCAAACAAGCGAACUGUGCUGACAUUUAGUGCCGGUGUCAGGGUGUGUCCGGGAAAAAACUUGGCAUGGAUGGAGAUUCAGUCGACAAUGGCUAAUAUCUUUAACAAGUAUGAUUUGGAGUUGCCCGAGGAUGCGCUGUUUACGCCGGAUCGCGUUGAUGAGAGCGGACUACCAAUUUUGAUGCCAUGCACAGUUGCUAGCACUUGUGUGCCAAAGUUUCCUGAGCGCGACUGUGUUGUUGUGGUGUCAAAGCGCAAGUAAAAAUAGUAUUUUAGUUUAUUGUCAAAUAAAGCUCAUAUUGAUACAUCUCA